AGCGUAUACUUUCUGCUGAUCUGCGUCUUGCAGAUCAUCCCGGAAAUUUCGCCUACCGGAGGGAUAGCGACACAGGCUCUGCCACUGAGCAUUAUUGUGCUCCUCGAGGUUAUCAAGGCCUUUAUUGAGACCUGGAGGCGAACGAGAGCAGAUGACUCGGAAAAUACGAAGAAGUGUUGGAGACUGACUACGAACAAAACCUCGUCCGGUGCUGACCACUGCCUCCAACCUGAAUCUUCAUCAAGUACUGGUGAAGUCGAUAACUCAGAUGUUUCUGUUGAUUUGGAGGAAAUAGAGUGGCAGCACUUAGGUGUCGGCGACAUAAUCGAACUUCACCCUGGCGAUGAAGUGCCUGCAGAUUGCAUCCUUUUUGGAGCAGGGAAAGAUGACAAACGACCGGAAAUUGUCUACGUAGAGACCGCCAACCUUGACGGAGAGGCGAAUUGGAAGCCCAAGCGUGCUGUGCAGCUAAGUAGUGCAGAAGUUGGUGGGAAUGAAAACCUGAAUGGACGAGAGGAGCACACUCCUGUUGCUUUCGCACAGCGUCUAGUUCGACAGCUCCGCAGUGUGGAAGUAGAGGCGCCAAGCUCCGACCUCUACCGGUUCCAUGCUACGUUUUGGCACGAUAGUGGUGGCUCUGGUGUUCAGAGAGAAGGGUUGUCGGUAGACAAUUUGCUUUUGCGUGGAACCAGUCUACGUGAGGAGGUAGACGACGUGGAGCGUAGACGACGCACGCAAGAGACGCAAACGUCGACGCUGUGUCGCAAUUCGCGAAACACCCAAGCAUCGCGAAGACGUUCUGCAGUAUCAUCUUCUAGUAGAAUAUCCUCCAGUCAUACUGUGCGUGCGAGAGAGAGUCCGUGCACUUCGACAUCAAGUUGUAAGCAUGCCGACUUAAUAACUGGUGAUGUUAUGACGAAGAACACGACCAACGACAGAAGCUCCUCUAAGUCCUCGCACACGCAUGCUAAAUCGCAUUACGCACUCAUAGUAUAUACCGGUAAAGACACCAGAGCUGCAAGGAACGCAUUCUGCGCAGACCUGAGGAAAUUCUCAUUCUUCGACGAGUGGGUGGACUGGAUCAUGCUGCGUUGUGUACUCUUGGAAGUUGCUUUCUGCUUUGGAAUGGCUCUGUGGAACCACUGGUGUAGUACUUCAAUGAUAAAUCAUGAACAACAAGGAUUACAAUCCUCGAAUCCAGCACCAGCGCAACAAGGGCGAUCUUCCUCGCGUUGGUUCUAUCGUCCUUUG